CAGUGGCGUGGUCGGCCGGGCAGGCGAUGGAGCGCUGGGUGGCGGCCGGCUGGUCGGGUUGGGUCGGGUUGUGGCGGGCCGGCUGGGCCGGCUGGCCCGCCUGGGAGCUGCUGGCCGCUUGCGCCGUCAUCGGCGCGCUGGGUUGGCUGCUGCGGUUGCUGGAGCGAGGCCCGCGCGGGGGGCGAGGCCUGAGGCCCAGCGCGACGCCUCGGGCUCCGUCUCCGCCGCCUCCCGAGGAGAGGCCUCCGCGCUGCCUCGACAGCUGCGACGGAGGGAGGAUAACAAUGGAUGAGAUCUUCUCCCGACUAAAACAACUGACCCCCGAUGAGCUGAGAGAAGAAAUUGUCAAAGCCGGCCUGAAGUGCGGGCCCAUCACGCUGACCACCAGGUCCAUUUUUGAGAAAAGAUUGGCCCAGGCUUUAUGGGAACAGCAAGGACCUUUGGAGGCCACGGCUCCCGUUUACAACGGCGUCCCGGGAACGGCGGCGGCUGACGGGAACCAGCCAGAACCUGGGAAAACGAACGGCCACCUGGCCUCCCCCGAGGAGGGCGAUUUUGGCUACGGCAUGGGUCUGAACCCCCCCGAGGAAGAAGCCCUGAUGCGGGAAGCGAACGGCUCCCCUUUUCGCUCCCAGAUUCCCUCCAAAGAGCCUCUGCUGUAUUAUGGGGUGUGCCCGGUAUAUGACGACAUCUUGACUAGAAAUGAAAGGGUACAUGUCUAUGAGGACAAAAAGGAAGCCUUGCAAGCUGUCAAAAUGAUUAAGGGGUCACGUUUUAAAGCUUUCUCAAACAGAGAAGAUGCAGAGAAAUUUGCCAAAGGCAUAUGUGAUUACUUCCCGUCUCCAAACAAGUCUACCAUCUCUCUGUCUCCUGUCAAAGUCUCUUCGGUCUUCAGUAGAGAUGGUUUGUGCUCUCCUGAACUGGAAACGGUCAGUAAAGAAAGAGCCAACAGUUACAAAAGCCCUCGUACCCAGGAUCUGACUGCAAAGCUUCGGAAAGCUGUGGAGAAAGGAGAUGAAAGUGCUUUCUUAGAACUCAUCUGGAGUAAUCCCCGCUAUCUCAUCGGCUCCGGAGACAAUCCUACGAUUGUCCAGGAGGGGUGUCGCUACAACGUCAUGCAUGUGGCAGCUAAAGAGAAUCAACCUGGCAUUUGCCGGCUGCUGUUGGACACUCUGGAAAACCCAGAAUUUAUGCGGCUGAUGUAUCCUGACGACGACACCGUGAUGUUGGAGAAGCGUAUAAGUUACAUAGCGGAUCUUUAUCUGAAUACGCCGGAUAAAGUGGGAUUUGAUACACCGCUGCACUUUGCUUGCAAGUUUGGGAAUCCAGAUGUGGUCGGCGUCCUUGCUUCCCAUCCGGGCAUUGUAAAGGAUCCGAAAAAUAAAUACAAUCAAACCCCAGCAGAUGUGAUCUGUGAAAGAAGCAAAAAUAAAGCGGCGGAUCUGAAAACAAAAAUUAGGGAACAUUUGGAAGGUCAGUGUUAUGUGCCCCUCUUCAGAGCGGAAGAUAAUGCCACGGCACCUGUGAUUGCAGCCCCCUGGUCCCCGGAUCAAACCGAGAGCAGCCCACUCCCGUCUUUGCCCAGAUUCUUCGGCAGCCCCAAAGACCCUCUGCUGACAGUGAGGGCUUACGCAGGGCCACUGAGUCCUUCCAAGGCAGAAGAUUUCCGCAGGCUUUGGAAGACCCCACCCCGAGAGAGGGCGGAAUAUUUUUACCACCUCCGAAAAUCUGACUUGGAAAGAGGGGUCGAACGAGUUGGAAGGGAGUUAGCUCAUGAGCUGGGGUUCCCGUGGGUUGAAUACUGGGAAUUUCUGGGCUGUUUUGUUGAUCUGUCUUCCCAGGAGGGGUUAGGACGGCUAGAAGACCACCUGAGUCAACAGCAGGAAAUGAGCAAUAAUGCUCAGCUAGAGAAAGGGAAAAACGAGGCCCACAACAGAUUCACUCCACAGUCUUAUGGUAAAAGUAAAAACUGCAAUUCUGUCUCCGUUGGAGCGUUUCUCGACGAUGACGACAUGAGUUUGGAAGAGGUAAAAAACAGGCAAAACGCGGCCAGGAACUACAGCCCCGUUCUAGCACCCAACGAACCGACCAUCGCUAGCUUUGAAAGCUCCAAGUGCGACAUUCUCUCCAUCGAACACACGGGGACGAUCCUGCCGAGGACAAAAGCCUCCCUCCGGACGGCCGAAAAAGGGGACCCCCUGGGUAAAAACGGCUAUUGCAGUCCGGCCACGAGCGACGAUAGGACAGGAUCCCACAGGAGGCCUCCCAGCCAGGAAGGAAGCUUUCAGUCCCCCGUUGCCAAUUUAAUGGAGAAAUUUGACCAGCUCUCUUGCCAGGAUGCGGCCGUGACGAGGGAAUGCUCAGCGGGCAAGGCCAGCCAGAGGGCGGCCAAAACGUGGAAAUGUCAGGAGCAGGUACCUAAAAUGGGUUCCCCCUUGUUGAAGACAGGAGGAGCUGCCAGGAAGAACAAAAGCAGGAAGGAAGACGGGGACCCCCAAGAGGCAGAGGGACCCUCAGCCGAAGCCGAGGUCAGAUCUGGGGAGAGGAAGCUGCCGUUCGCUUUGGAAUCGCCGCCCGAGAUGUCCGUUCCUGGUUUACUAAAAACACCUCCCUCAAAUGGGAAAACCAAGCAGAUGUUCCUUCUAGGCGAUCAACCAUCAAAAUGGGACAACGACGUGUUAACAGCAUUACUCGGAGUCGAGGUCGAUCCCCAGAGAUACCCGGCUAUUUACCAGUGGAGCAAGUCCGUGCAGGCCUAUCCCGUAUCUGAACGGCAAAGGUGGUCCAGCCCUUCCCUGAAAAGACUCGCCAAGGGCCAAGCCACCCCCAGCCCUGCCAGGAAUUUUCCAUACUUCAGCCCAGGAAAGAACAGCCCCGGGAAGUAUAACGCCGCGGCCGGCUUCUCUCCGGAUUUAGGGAGCCCGGGUCGGUAUACGCCAGCGUACGUAAACAUCCUUCUGUCCAAGAGGCAACAUUUCUCAGGACUGCCCAAUCAUUAGGGUGGGGGGUCAGCCACCCUGGCCGUGAAAAUGUUGGAAGUGAAGAAAAUUUGGGAUGGUGGAAGCCUUUGAUGUGACCACUUUUUUAUUUAUUUAUUCUUGGAAGAGGGGGCUGCUGGAAAGGGGUGGGUGGGUGGGGGGGAAUCAUUCCAUUUACCUUACAAGUCAGAGUCUUGUAAAGUAAGGAAGUUUGAAAAGGCCUCUGAGUGGGAAGCCUCAAUUUCCAAGUCUAGGAAUCCGUGGAUAGAAGUGGUGUUUUUGGACCAGUCUUGAGGUCCAGUCUACCUAUAAUUUUCUCUUUCUCAUACUCACUUUCAGUCUCUGUCUUCCUCUAUUUCUUUCUGUCUCUCUCUCUCAAUCUUUUUUUUCCAAUCUCUUUCCGUCUGUCUUUAUUUCUCUCUCAAUCUCUUUCUCUCACUCCGUCUCUCUCUUUCUCCCAAUCUCUCUCUCUCUCUUAUAUUGGGAUCCUUGUGACUGUAACACCUGUAAAGAGAAUUCAGCUAUCACAACCCAUCUUCCAGUCAGGCUGAGGCACGAAUAAGUCACUUUAAUCCCAGGGGAUACGAGCACAGAGUCCUGGUUUGCGGUCUGGUUUAAUUAGGAUCGUUAAGCAUGAAGGAGUCACUAUGCAGAAGCUUUAAGAGAAGCUAAUGAAAGUUAUAAAUAACACAAGUGAAACCUCCCCAAACACACACACACCAAUUGCCCUUUGUUUCUGGUUUGGGGGGAGCAGACUUUGCAGCUUCCACAGAAAGCAUUUUCCUUACACAGCUAAGUUUAUCAUUGCAUCUCAUGGGACCGUAUAGCAUCGAUAUCCGCUAGAACAGAUUACAGCUAUUUUGCUGUUACUUUAAAUCCCACGCUGUUUGCAAUGACGGCUAAUUUCUGAGUUUCCAGCAUUUGAGAAUAAACCUGCCCAAGUUAUGCUUAUUAUUCACCGCAGGCCAUUUUUUUAUAGCCCAUACUGCAAAGGAUCUCUUGUGCAAUUGGAGAUAACCUGCACAGCAGGAAAGGGGGGAGAGACACAAAAUGGAAGAAACUCUUAAAUCAUAGGGCUUGAAGAGAUUGGUUGGGGGGGGGGGAGUUAUUUACUGCACACUAACUUGAAAUAAUCACAGCAUCAGGAACUGCACCGGUCGUUUCCUUAUCCAUGUGUAACCAACAUUUUAUAUGCCACCUGUGUGAUGUUUUUGGUACUAAAACCUCAGAAGUACACUCAAGACUCUUCCAGUUUUAUUACUGCCUUUUGUAACUUUUACGUUUUGGUAUUUCUGUCUUGCUUUUCAAGGGACAGUGUUCCCUUAUAUAUUAAAACACAUUUUAACUUUCCACUUUUGCAGUUUUUAUAGUUUAAAAGAUUCCGGAGAAGUACUGUAACCAUCUUAUUUAUUUUAUAUUAUGUGAGAUAAAUGUCCUAUACGUAAAACAAAAAAUUACAAAUUGAUUUAAGGACCAUUUGGAAUCGAAAACCAGCUUUGGGAGAUGGGUCUCCCUUUGGUCACCCAGCUUUUGCUAUCGGCAUCGUUCUCCAGAAUGUAUAAAACCUGUCCAGGUUUGUACUAACCGACAUAUCAAAGUUAACUUCUCAUAAGCCCUAAAGACUAAUGGGUGUUGGGGGGGGGGGAGAGGAAUGCGCCAAAAUUCUGUAGUGCAGUGUUGAGAUAAAAAGGCAGUUUCGAAAAAUCCUUUAGCGUAGCAGUUUCUGAAAUUCAGCCUUUGUGCUUAAAAGUGCCCUCUGCGCGUUACACCUUGUCUACAUAAAUGGUACAAAGCCAGAUAGGGCUAUUGUAGACAGCUAGAGGUCUUGUGUAAAGCUUACUCCACAGUAUAAAGGAAAGUAUUCAUUCCUGCUUAGCCACUGCAAAUUAUUAAAACCUGUAGGCGACUGACCAAUUUCCUUUGCUUUGUUAAUACUUUUGUACUCAAAAAAAAGGUGUUUCUGGAGCACAGCUAUUCAGUUAAUACUUUUUGUUGAGAUGUCUGAAGUCAAAGAAUUGCUCUUGAAAAUAUUGUCUAAAAUGGACGUGUGUAUUUUUUUCCCCCGUCAAUGUGUUAAUGUGAAUUUUAAACAAGCUUAUUAAAUUUUGUUUAUUUAAAAACUGUCUUUUCUCCAUUAAUCAGUGGUUGUUGGUAGAAGACAGCUGUACAGGCAUAAUCCCAUUCGACUCAGCCACAAAGCUUAGAUGCUGAAAAGGAUCAGGCAAUUUUAAAAACUCCUUUGAAGUACAGCCUUUCAAAUCUCCAAAGUGUGUAAGAUGAGAAACACAACGGAUGACUAAGGCAUUGUUAAUGACAUGCAGCUUACAUGCUCCAAGCCUUUUUAGUAUCUGGCCCAAAGCAGCAGCUGAAAUUAACUGGGAUACAAUAUUUCAUAAUGCCUCUUUAUUUUCAAUUCCACUUUCCCACCAACGAAAUAAAAGCGGAUGACGCACUGCGUAAGUAGCAAAAACCCAGACAAAGGUCACGCUUCUAUUUUUUUGCCUUAAGUAAAACUUGGUAUUCAAUCUCAGAAUUGAAAUCUUCACUUAAAAAAACAAAAACUAGGCACUCUCAUUUUAAAGCAGUCUCAAGUGAAAAUCAAACUCAGUUUUUAUUUUCGCAGGUAAAAGACAAAUAGAAAUAACUUACAUGUACCGGCAUGGAUUGACACAGAUCCACCAGUGCCUUUUUCCUGACCACAGAGUAACCCCCAACACCCUAGCUACUCUCAUUUCGGCAAUCCCACAAGCGGCAAGAUAACAAGAUUCAGGAGCACUGAAUCUGUCCAGAAGUGGCAGUUGCUGGCCAAGGGUUCAGCUUCCCCCCCUCUUCCCCCCAUAAAAAUUAUAUUUCGCUCUAAGAAGUAAGCGUAGGAAUGCUAUGGUCCCAUCGGAGCCCGGUUUGGAAAAGGAGGCGGCUUUGGAACCGGGACCAUCUGACAGGGAUGGCACAUCUCCCUUGGCAUGUUUGGAGAGGCCAGCUGCCGAGGAGAUGCUGGGGGUGGUGGUCCACCAGACAGAGAGCUGCCUGCCUUCAUAGGCACGGAGCAGAUCCCCCUCUGAUAAGGAAUAGCUGCCUCCUCCACUGAUCCAAGGGCACGGAGACAAGCCCAGAAAAGGGCUGCAAGGUUACUCUCACAAAGAAUACCUAUCUGGACUGGAGUGACUUAAGGAGAAGCCGUGGGGAGUUGGUCCUUGCCAAGAACUAUUGUUUGUUUUGGCUUGCACUCCUCCCAGGUGCUCAGAAGACUGGCUCUUCAGCUUUUUGUCUUGGACCUUGCCUUGUCUUGUCUUGUGGACUGCGUUUGGCCUUUGCUUCGCUGGGCCUUUGGAACGGCUUCUGGUCUUGGACUUUUUCACCCCGAGGACUGCCCUGGUCUUGUGCCUGGACUCUGCCUUAUGGACUGGACUUGGAACGCUGGACCUUGCUCCUACUCUGUGGGCUUUCUUGGUACUAGAGUAUGGGGACGGAGCCCUUACCAACAUUUAUUGAGAGCAAUAAAGGACUCUCUAGAGGCCUGCCUUGACCGCCUGGGUCACAACACGGAAGGACGAACUCUGCGCGCUAGAGGAACAGAGCAGAUUAUCCUUCCUUCUAAUUUGACGGUGCUUUAGUGGGAGCAAAUGGAUAAAUGGUAACCUGUAAUAAUUAUUAACGGCCGGGAAACCUAAGAAAAGCUCCUAUUUAGGGUUUCUUUGUUUAUUUUUAGGAAUAGACCCUUGUA